GGACUCUCUAGCUCCGCGUUCUUCGUUGGUGCAAGAUGUCUAAUCCUCGUCACUGAUUCACAAAAGGAUAGGACGCAAUCAUCGGUGCAGUCACUGACGGUUCGUCAGCCGUGAGAUGAACGCCAUUCAUCAUCGCAUCUUCCCCGCCAUCACGUCAUUUCCAUCAUCAUCUGCAAAUCGCGCGCUUGAUGAUCAAUUAACGUGCCGUCCCUGACUUGCAGACAUCAUCACCGGAGCAUUUACAAAAUAAGAAACAGAUAAGGGGGGAGGGCGAACCAGUUUGUCGGUGAGUCACCAAAGUGUCUGGUGUGUCUGUGUGUGAUUAACAUUUUGAACAAAAAAAAGAGACGAAAGGUGCCGCACGAUUUGUGUCAUCAUCUUUGACGUCUCUUUUCUUUUUUGACUUUGUUCUUUCAAAAGCCACUUUAUUCUGCGUGUCUAUUGCAACUUCAAAAAGACGAUCAUCGGAGGAAAGGCAACGAUGAAAUCAUUGAUGCAGCCUCUAGGCGUUUUCUGCUUCAUCGGGUGUCUGUUGUCUACGAGCGCCGUCUUGGCUGGAGCGCCGCCAAAGAUACGGGCGGAUUAUCGCGCAAUCAUUCGCGCUAACGUGAUGGAUCGCGUUCAGAUGUCGUGUCCCGUUCAUCAGCAAUCUGGCGAUUCAGCUGGCCUCUUUUUCAGUUGGCUAAAGGACAACGAGUCGCUGCCUGUGAUGAUGAUACGAUUGGAGACGAAAGGAGCGCAUUUGAUUAUCGAAGAUGUCGAACCGGAAGACGCUGGCGUCUACGUUUGCAUCGCUACCAACGGCUUCGGAAGCCAAAGAGCUGGAAUUCAAUUGAUCGUCACAGCAGAUCCACGAACAGAGUCGACAACCGUCGCAGAUAUUGAAAACAGUCCCAACGACUUAUUGAUCGAAGGAUUGAGUUUCACAGAGGAGACGCUCCGUCAACCGAGACAAGUGCGCAUCACAGCCGGCAGUUCACUCGACAUCCAUUGCAGCGUCUCCGGCUAUCCAUAUCCGGAUCUUAUUUGGCUCAAGGACGGUGUUGUGUACAAACGAUCGCAGCAGAACCAAGCGGACGAAACGAGUUGGAGAACGGCAUCGCGCUUAACGUUGGCCAUCCGAAGAGCCGGACCGGCCACGUCCGCCAAUUACACGUGCUUGGCGCUGGGCUUGAAAGGCCAAAUGCAAACGACGUUCGUCGUUUCAGUCUUAGAUUCAGCUGUCGACGACAUGAGCGAAGUCCACCCGGCCAACGUGACAGAGUUCAGAGGUGGAAGGGCGAAAUUUCACUGUUGGGUGCGCAGCUCGUCCCUUCCGGAAGUCGAAUGGCUGAAAAGGCUUCCGGCCCGUUCCCUCCGCACUGACUUGAGCCUCCAGCCUGACACGUCAUUGGUCGUUGGAGAGGAUCACUACCACAAACUGGAAGGAGACGAACUGAUGCGCAAGGAAGACGGUUCCUAUUUGAAAACCUUACAACUCGAUCCGCUAAGUGAAAACGACGCUGGCCUCUACCUCUGCCUCGGCAAGAACCGUUACGGCUACAGCAUUGAAAGGACUUACCUGAACGUCAAACCCAAUUAUGAAACAUCGAAAGAGUCUAAAUCGGUGCCGAUAUCGAUCAUGGUGGCCCUGCCUUCCAUCCUUUUGUUGAGCAUCGCGUGCGCGUUUGUCUGCUGGAUGCGGAGGCGCGAAAAACGGAGACGUUUGGCCGAGUUGGCGGCGUUGGCCACCGGCUGGAGCCACGGUUUCAUCAGCCCGGAGCAACAACAAGAACACCAACAACAACAACAAGCGAUGCAAACAACAACUGAGACGACGUUUGGUGGUCGAGGUGGUAGCGGUCACGGUAGUUGUCACAGCCGGCAAGCGCUAACGAGCGGCGCGGGGUGCCAUCACCUUAACGAGGAGGCGGACACGGGUCUCGUUGUCGGCUCGCCUCCCGCCACUAAGCGCACGGGCGUGGAGAUGGACUGUCGCGGCCUGAAAGCGGACGACCUCCAGCCCAAUUAUUAUUUCCAAACACAUCGUCAUCAUCAGCUGGAACAGCAGCGAAACACUUCGUCAUCGCUGAUCAUCUAAAAGAAUAAAAAAAAAAAAAAAAAAAAAAAAAAACCAAUCCAAUUUAAAGAAAAUGCCUAAGGCAAGUUGACCAAAAAUCGUAACUCAAUCCGCGUCCGUCGAACUUCCUUCCCCCAAUCGAC